AUGAAUGUGCUGGAAUGGGCAUUCGGCAAGCGCGUGACGCCUGCAGAGCGCUUGCGCAAGAAUCAACGACUUCUCGAUAAGGCCAUUCGAGAGCUCGACCAGCAGAGGAUGAAACUAGAACGACAGGAGAAGACACUCAUUACUCAGAUUCGCCAGAGCGCUCAGAAGGGUCAAAUGGGCGCUUGCAAGAUCCAGGCCAAGGAUCUUGUUCGUACCAGGAGGUACAUUGAAAAGUUCUAUGCUAUGAGAAGUCAACUACAAAAGAUCUCUCUCCGCCUGCAGACAUAUCGGACAAACGAGCAAAUGAUGCAAGCCAUGAAGGGCGCCACGAUGGCUCUAGGGAGCAUGAACCGCACGAUGAACUUGCCGUCGCUUCAGCGUAUCGCGAUGGAAUUUGAACGCGAGAACGACAUCAUGGAGCAGCGACAGGAGAUGAUGGAUGACGCCAUCGACGAUGCCAUGGAUGUUGGGCUUGAGGAAGAGGGUGACGAAGUGGUAGAGCAAGUGCUAGAGGAGAUUGGGGUAGACUUGAAGCAAGCGCUCGGAGAGGCACCCUCUGGCUUGCAGUCAAGUUCAGUGUCAGAACCGAAGAUUGCCCAAGCCAUCGGUGGCGGGGGUAGCGGAGACCCCGGUGAUGAUGACUUGCAGGCACGGCUUGAUAGCCUGAGGCGAUGA